UCUCAAGCAAUACAAAGUAUUCUUUAAAAGCCAUACACUUUGUGCCUUAGCAUUUUCCACACAAAAGCUUUCGUAGCAUCACUUAGCAUCGAGCAAGCAUCGAAGUGCCUUGACUACUUAGUCCGACGGGUGUGAGACGCUAGUAGGCAGCGUGUAAGACUAAGGAAAAUAGUCAGCACGUGACAACGCGCAAACAAGCUAAGAAGGCCUCUAAUGGUGGAAGUAAUAAUAAUAAGUCCAAAACUCUGAAAUCAAGCUCGAAGGUCUCAGCGAAGGCUAAACCCCAACUGAACCUUGGCAAGGGCUCUGCUAUGGCAGAAUGCGAUGACAUUUUGAUUCAAUUUGAUGAAAACCCAGAUGAUCAACCAUUUGAUUUGAAUGAGAUUUUGACGCCAAAAUCAAGCUUACAACAUCUACAACAACAAAUGCAGGUGCGAGGCGAAUUUAAUGCCUUGUUGAAUGGUCUCCACUACGAGGAAGGCAUGAGUAAGCUGAAGGAUGCCGAUAUAGGCGAGGGAGAUGUGACAGAUUGGAUGGCCGACAUUUAUGAGGCCAAGAUGAAGAAAGCUAAGGCCGAGUUGGAGGAGAAGCAAGCAAAGGAAGCAAAGCUUAUUUGGGUACUUUUUGGGGAAGGCUCAUUAGGUGAUGGUCGUGUACUCACAAUUGGAACGGAAGCUUAUUUGGGUUCGGUGGCUCGUUGUGUGUGUAUAGUGUCUUGUAUUGACUCUGUUUAAUGGUCCGUUUGACCAAAGAUGCACGCUACACAUAAUCUGACAGCAGCAAGUUUAUUGCUUUUGUUUCUUAUGUUUUAUUUAACUUAAUAACGGGAUAAUAGGUUAAAUAUCCCAUUUAGUUAAUUCCUUUAAUUAGCUUUAUUUUCUGCAUUUAGAGGGGCUUUUGAAUCAGUUUGUAAAUGCCAAUUUUGGCUGAUUGAGUGAGGCUUUUAAAGCCUU